AUGCCUAAGCAGCCCUCCAAGGCCGGCAAGAGGCUGAAGCGAGACGACGAUAAUGACUCCGACGACAGCGAUGACGACCUCCAGCCCAUCCACUUUUUCGUCCCCGGCGAAAACAUCAACGCCGCAGUCCUGGUCGAUUAUAUCACUCGAUGGGUUGAUCGUACCGCAAAGAUAACAUCGUCUCAACAUCCCACGGAUAAAGCGCGAGUCGGUUUCAGCGUCCUGGCGAGAAGAGCGCUCAAUGCCGUUAGCAUUCGCGAUAUCAUCAAUGACUCUAGAGACUGGGACUUGGAAACACAAAGCAGAGAAUAUAGAAAAGAGCCGUAUGACUAUAGAGAAUCAGACACUGCCAGACGUCGAGCGAAAAAGGGUCCCUCAGAAGGCGGUACAAAUCGACCGCAGCAACCCCGAGUCAAGCGAGAAGGAACGAACGAGCCCGCCGACAGUGGGCGGCAAGAGAGAGCUGCAAUGACAUCCAACACUCCUGCCAGCCCUCCGCAAUCUGCAUACCAUCACCCUCAGCCUCAGUUCAGUCAAUACCCUGCCCAUUCUCAGCCGCAAGGUAUCCAACAGAGCCCGAGUCCGUAUUAUCAAGGGCAGUCGAGGUCAGACCAACCUUCGCCCAGUUUCAACAUCACAGUGAACACUGCAACUUUUGCGCCUCGACCCGGUCAACCUGGUCAAUAUAUGCCGGGUGCGUAUCAAACAGCGGGGUAUGCACAAAUUGCACACGCGGAAGCUGAUCCUCCACCAGCUUAUCAGCAAGCCAUGAUAAGUCGUGGCCCAUCGGGCCCCCAACCACCAUCACAGCCUGGCCCCGAUACAUUCGACGGGGAGAAGGCAGUGACAAGUCGACAUUUCUCUGCGCAAGCGACGCGACAAGGCUCGGCAGACUCCAAAGAGGACUUUCCUCGAUCGCAUAGUGCCCAAGAUCGUCGACCUUCAGCGGUCGACCAGGCGCGAAGAUCUGCUCGUUAG